AUGACCCUCACAGCAGACUACCAUUCAGGCAAAGCCUACGUCCUAACCGGCGGCUGCUCAGGCAUCGGCCUCGCCGUCCUGCACUACCUCCUCGCACGAUCUGCCAUCGUCCACGUCCUUGACAUCUCAUCCAUCCCACCAGAACUCCCCUCCCACCUCUCUCAGAAGAAGAAAAACCUCUACUUCUACCCCAACACAGACGUCUCCUCUGUAACCGCCGUCCAAAAAGCCUUCGACCAAAUAACCACCACCACCCUAACCCUCCACGGCCUGGUCAACAACGCCGGAAUCGCCUACCAACCCGUCGCCUUCGGGUUCGAAUCCGAUGAUAUCUUCAACCGAGUCAUGGACGUAAAUGUCCGCGGCGUCUGGAACGUGGGGAAGGCAUUCCUCUCGCACAUUCUCCCAAGCGAAGCCGAUCAGCAGUUCAACCCAGCGACAGCUAGAGAAGGCCGAGGCGUGAUUGUGAAUCUAUGCUCAACGGCAUCUUUCCACGCUAACUCGGGGUAUGUGACAUACACAGGGGUCAGAGUUAAUGGCGUGGCGCCCGGUGCUACGGAUACGCCUCUAAUAGAUGGUAUCUCGAUUAAGAUGAUGCAGGAGGAGUACACGAGUCAGGUGCCACUGGGUAGGAGGUGUGCUAAGCCUGAGGAGAUAGCUGAUGCGGUUGGGUUCUUGUUGGGCAAGGAGUCGAGUUAUAUGACGGGACAGGUGAUUACGGUGGAUGGGGGGAGAUACAUAUAG